GGCCCUGUCAUGCCUGGCAGUCAUUCUGUUGAAAGAUUUGUAAUAGAAGAAAACCUUCACUGCAUCAUCAAAUCCCACUGGAAAGAGAGAAAGACUUGUGCUGCGCAGUUGUUGAGCUAUCCAGGAAAUAAUAAGAUCCCCUUGAACUACCAUAUAGUAGAGGUAAUAUUUGCAGAAUUGUUUCAGCUUCCAUCUCCACCACAUAUUGAGGUUAUGUACACAGCACUUCUCAUUGAACUGUGCAAACUCCAGCCUGGCUCUUUACCACAAGUUCUUGCACAAGCCACAGAAAUGCUUUACAUGCGCUUGGAUACAAUGAAUACUACAUGUAUAGACAGGUUUAUUAACUGGUUUUCCCACCACCUGAGUAACUUCCAGUUCCGUUGGAGCUGGGAGGAUUGGUCAGACUGUCUUACUCAGGACCUUGAGAAGCCCAAAUCCAAAUUUGUGAGAGAGGUUUUGGAAAAAUGCAUGAGGCUUUCCUACCAUCAGCGAAUAAUAGACAUUGUUCCUCCAAGCUUUUCUGUCCUCAGUCCUGCAAACCCAGUGUGUAUUUACAAAUAUGGAGAUGAAAGCAACAGGUCUCUUCCUGGGUAUACUGUAGCACUCUGUUUAACGAUUGCAAUUAAAAGUAAGGCCAGUAAUGAUGAAAUCUUCAACAUUUUAAAAGAUGUGCCUAAUCCAAAUAAGGAUGACAACGAUGAUGAAGGACUCACCUUCAAUCCUUUGAAAAUAGAAGUUUUUGUACAGACUCUGCUCCAUCUAGCUGCGAAGUCUUUCAGCCAUUCCUUCAGUGCUCUGGCUAAGUUUCACAAAGUCUUCAAAGUACUUGCUGAAGGUGAUGAGGGGAAACUCCAUGUCCUGAGAGUUGUAUAUGAGGUUUGGAAGAAUCAUCCGCAGAUGAUUGCUGUUCUUGUGGAUAAGAUGAUUCGAACACAGAUUGUUGAUUGUGCUGCAGUAGCAAACUGGAUCUUCUCUUCAGAACUUGCACAUGAUUUUACUAGGUUCUAUGUCUGGGAAAUCUUACAUUCCACAAUUCGUAAAAUGAACAAGCAUGUACUGAAGAUUCACAAAGAACUGGAGGAGACUAAGGCGAGAUUGGCAAGACAGCACAAAAGACGAGAAAGUGAUGAAGAUGAUGACGACAAUGACCGAAGUAGUGAUAGGGAAGAUGGACCUCUAGAAGAGCAAAUAGAACGCUUGCAGGAGAGAGUAGAAUCAGCCCAGAGUGAACAGAAAAAUCUCUUCCUUGUUAUAUUCCAGCGUUUCAUUAUGUUGUUAACUGAACACUUAGUGCGCUGUGAAACUGGUGGGAUUGAUGUAUUUACACCUUGGUACAAAAGCUGUAUAGAGAGGUUGCAGCAAAUCUUCCUACAGCAUCACCAGAUAAUUCAGCAGUACAUGGUGACCCUGGAGAACCUCCUGUUUACAGCUGAACUGGACCAUCACAUACUGACUGUAUUUCAGCAAUUUUGUGCUCUGCAGGCCUGA